ACUCAUUGAAUUUGUAGUUUAGUCGUUUCAUGUUGCUCAACGCAGUCUGACGACUUUGAGUUCACGUAAUGUAGUGAAAAAAAAAAAAACGCAAAUUAUUUGUUCACCUAAAAGGUGAUCUCAGUUCAGUCAUUUUAAUCUCUACGUUUUUUAAAUCAACGGAACGUAAUUAUAGAAAUUAAGUAUUACAGGUUAGGUUGUUCAGCGGAAAUGGAGUCAAUGGAUGCUCGUCUUGUAGCGCAAGCCUUAAACUACCAUGGUCAACAGUUGCAGAAAGUUUGGGAAAGCGAGCGCAACGAUAAUGAGCUUGUAUUGCUUAACCUCAAAGAACCGAGUUUUGAAAUUUAUCAACAGAGACAAAAAACUCUCAGCUUUAGCGACAGAGGAAAGAGGCUUAAACUUCAACAGUUUAUUGCUAAAAAGGCGGACGCUCUAUAUGAUAAGUCAAAUUUAGAAACAACUGCUGAGCCAAUCAAGCAACAACUUGGUGAUGAAGAGUUUUAUGCGACUAUGCCAGGACUUGACUCGUUUGUCACAAUGGAAAAAUCACAACGCAUUCGCAACUUUCUAGAGAGUUUGGUUGUGGGUGAUGUUAUUUAUGCCCAGGUAAUGGGAAAAAGUGCUGCUGGACUUCUUCUAAAGAUUCUUUGCAACUGUAGUGAUUGUCCAAGAGUAGUUCCUGAUCUUGGUGUUAAGGCCUUGAUUUUAAAUACGGCCACAGUACCGGCUGUGGACAAGAAAGGUGUGACACGGGGGUACAUGGCCAAUGAUCUGGUGUGCGUCUGUGUGAGUGAAGUAAACGUUGAAGCCGAACGUGUAGUUGCUGUCAUGAACGUUAACCCUCGUGAGGGUCAAGCACCACACCCACCUAUGGGUCUUAUUCAUACCGACGACCUUCCCGAUGCUUACAAGAAAGCAAUGGACAACAAAGGGCAGAGUUUUGAAUCUAUCAUGGAUAAUAGCUCUGGAUUCAACAAUCCCAACAACAUUAAAUAUCUUUGCGACUUGAUGUCAUUGGGUCAAGAAAAUUAUUCAAACAUGGUUGGUCUUAGAGAGAAAUUUACGCCAAAUGAAUAUGGAGGCGAAUUGAGACAAGCGCAAGCUAGUAAAUGGGCAUUCCGCAGUGUGGCGGAAGGAAUUGAUCAUUUCAAAGCAGGAAGACACUCUGAAGCUUUCCAAUGUCUUAAUAAAGCGUUGGUGGUUGAUCCACGAAACGUUGAAGGAUUGGUAGCUCGCGGUGCAUUAUAUGCAAAUAGUGGAAGUUUCAAGAAAGCAAUAGACGAUUUUGAAACAGCUCUAAAAUUAAAUCAAACACAUGCAAAUGCACGUAAAUACAUGGCCGAAACAUUAGUUGCAUUGGGUCGUAGUUUUGAGGAUGAUAAAAAAUUUGAUGACGCUCAAAAAGCAUAUGAAAAUUGUUUAUCAAUUGCUCCAUAUCAUGAGGAGGCAAGAAAUUCAAUUGAAUAUAUUAAAAAAAGAACACUCGGUUCUGGCGCAAUAAAUCCUUUAGAAUCAUUUAAAUCAUUUGAAGCUGAAAAUGAAAUUGCCGAUGGUAAGAAAGAUAAGAAAAAACGUAAAAAAGAAAGAAAAUCCCGUUCGAAAAAAAGACAAAGAUGGAGUUCAAGUUCAAGUUCAUCGACAAGUGGAUCUUCAAGUUCAUCAAGUUCUGAUUCAAGUAGUUCAUCAUCAUCGGCUAGUUCACGUUCAGCAUCAAGAUCGCCAUCGCGUAAAAAGAAACAUAAGAAAGAUCGUGGCUCAUUAUCACCAUUGAGUAAACGAAUGGCACAAUAUAAUAAUCCACCAGCUGCAAGUAGUUCAUUACAUGAAUUAAUACCAUCAAUUGGAACAACUGGAUCGCGUAGUGGUGGCGAUGGUUAUGAAAUGAAAGUACGCAAAUUUUUAGAUCAAACAAAAGAUGAUUCUGAUUAUGAAGAAAAGGUGAGGAAAUUCCUUGAAGAAACUGAAAGAUGGAAUAAAGAAAAGGGAAGAGAGAAGAAACAUUCAGAGAGUGAAAAGUCAAAGAAAAAGAAAAAGAAGGAAAAGAAAACAAAAGAUAAAGAUAAGGAGGAGAAAAAGAAUCGUAAAAAGAAGAAGAAGGAGGAACGUAAGAAACGUAAAAGCAGUAAAGACAAAAUGGAAAGAGAUUUGGAAGUAUUGAAAAAGUCUUCCUUGCCAGAUCUUGAACAAUUGGAAUCGAAGCUCAGUGCUUAUUAUGCUAAAGUUGAAAAAGAAACGGCUGUUUUAAAAAGGUACGUUGCUCACUUUAAUGACAUGCCUUCCCCUCUUAGCAACGCAGAAAAGCUUGCUGAAAGCUCACGAAGAGAAGAAGAAUUUCGCCGAGAGCGCGAAAGAGAAGAAUCAGUCAAAGCCUAUCAUGAACGAGAGUCCCGUGUGCCAUUAACAUCACAACAGAGAAAAGAAAUUCAACGAAAACCACUUAACGAUAUUUUUGAACAAGAAUCACAAUUAAUUCAUCCGGAGUCAAAAAUGCCUUCCUUGGAUACAGCAGCAUUAAAUGCAAAAUGGAAAGCUGCUCAAGCUGCUAGGCAAAAAGAAGUGCAUAUGCAAAAAUGGCAAGAUGCAUCAGAAAAGAAAAUGCGAGUUGAUAGCGAUGAGGAUGGCGAUAAUGAAAUGGAGGAGAAAUUACAACGACAAGCAUUGGAGAAAUUAAAUAUACGUAAACAACAACGAGAGCUCGCUGAAAAAAGAGCAUCACAAUUACCAUCGCCAUCACCACCAAUGCCAAAAGAGCCACCACCUAAAACACCUGUUAAAUAUCCUUCACAACAACAAUUACAAAAUAAAUUCCAAUCAUUGGGUGGUACACCUCAAAAUAAUGCAAAUAAAUCAUCAAAUAAUCUUGGCGGUAAAUUUCAACCAAUUGGUCAAAGUAGUAAUAGUGGCCAACCGCCAGAGCCUCCAACAAAACUCCCUGGCAAUAAAUCGAAAGGACCAUUAACAGAUUCAGAAAGUGAUUCCGAACGUAGGGGUUCACCAAGAAAACGUGAUUCAAGCGGACGAACAUUGCCAAGAAGAAUGAGUCGCGAUCGACCGGCAAAACGUUCACGAAGUCGUUCACGAAGUGGUUCAUCGAGUGGCUCGUCACGAUCACGUUCUGGUCGACGUUCACGUUCACGUUCAUAUUCAAAUAGAUCGAGAAGAUCGGGAAGUUAUGAGAGGAAAUACAGUCGCUCACCAUCCGGUACUUAUAGUCGUUCUCGUUCAAGAUCACGUUCACGUUCAUAUUCAAGAAGUCGUAGUCGCAGCCGUUCCGGUGAACGUCGCUAUUAUCGUAAUCGACAAUUCCGACCUUAUAACAAUAAUCGUGGCACAUAUUAUAAGCCACGCUUUCAAAAUUACAACAAUCAAAAUCAUCGCGGUGGUCAAAAUUUCCAAAAUCGCAAUCGUUUUUACAAUAAUCAACAAAAUAAUCGCUACAACAAUAAUCGACGUGGUUUUCAACAUCGUUAUAAUAAUUACAAUAAUCAAAAUAAUCGCGGUGGCCGCGGUGGACAAAAUAAUAAUCGUGGUGGUAGAUAUUUUCACAAUAAUCGACAAGGCUAUCGUGAUUUCCGCGAUAGACGUGACUUCCGUGAUCGUCGUGCAUAUUCAAGGGACAAAUAUAGUGACAGAAGCUUUUCGCCCGAUCCAAUGAGAAAAGUUGAUGAAGCCAAGGAAAAGAUUAAUAAAAUUUUGGAAAGUGGUGAUGAUACGGCAAAUCGUCAAUCAACUGGAUCGUCACAACAACAACAACAACAACCACAGCAACAACAACAACAACCACCGCCACCACCACCCAACAAGAGGCAGGAAGGACCUCUCAGCGAAGGUGAAGAACGUGAUGACGAUGACUACGAGAGGUGGGGCGAGGGCGAGGGGGCCGACACUACAAAUAAGAGCGAGGAGGCUGUACCUGGUGAGGAAAAUCUGGAAGGCAAGGAUACUUUUAUUGAACGCAUGAAGCAGAGAAGCAAGAACGUUUUAAUUCAAAGAGCCAUCGCAGCUAAAAUUUGGUAGUAAUAUUCUAUCAUUCCUUAUGAAAAGUUAUUUCCUUCAAACAUUUGGAGAACAUGCCAAUUUUUGGUACGUGUUUUUUUGCCACAAUUUUCUUUGAAGACCUUCAGUGUAAUUAUUAUUUUUUUUGCACUUUGGCCAUCACACACACACACCUUUUCUUUUUAUACAAUAUUUAAGUUAAUUUUCUCGAAUUUUCACCAAAAAAAAAAAAACAAAAAUUUUGUUAAAUUUUUUUGUAUAUGCAUAAUUGUAUAGUUUUUUUUUUUUUAGAUAUAAUCGAAAACGACGUCACCCUUCUAUAUAAUUAAAAGAAAAGAAGGGACUUUUCUAUAUUGUCUUUAUUUUGUUUAUUUUUUAAAUAGUUGUUUUUUUUCAAUUUUUUUAAUUUGUAAGUUCAGAUGCGCUGUUAUCUUUGCGCGUGGCUUAUCGAAUUUAUCCUCAUAGAAAAAACAAAAAACAAAAAAAUUCUAUGACUAAAUUCUAUUUCUGGGGAAAAAAUUUUAUCUUCUCUACAAAAAAAUAAAUUACUUUUUUUUGAGAUAAAAAAUGAUGUGUACAAUAUUUUUUAAAAAAUAGACGUGUACCAAUUAUUAUUAUUAUAUAUUUUCGAUUGAAAAAUGAAAAAAAAAAAAAAAGUGAAAUUGUCGAAUGGAAAAAAAGAAAGAAGGAAAUCUUAUAAGUUGACGUUAAUGAUUUAAGAUUUCUUAUUUUGAUUCUUCUUUUUUUUUUACAAAUGUACCGUCGAAAAUCCAACACAAUCAACUUGUAUUUGUUGUAUGUAAACAACUUCUGUAUAAUUUAAUAUACUGAAAAUAUAGGCACAAAAAUACUGAA